AUGAACUUUGAACACCCGAGGCGAUCUCCGUGGUCUCUAUUCCCCGCACAACGCUCUACAAAGAUCGUUCGUGAAAAUCUUGCUCUGAGCCCUGCCGACAAAUGGAAGGACGACGUAUGGCCGAUCCGUCCGCCCACGCCCUGGGACAUCUCCACCGACUUCCCUUACCCCCGUGUGCUGGAGUAUGAUGUGCAGGAAGGCACUUGGCUGCGUCUCGACGUGAAUCCAAAAUCGGGGGACAUCAUAUUUGACAUGGCAGGUGACAUCUACUGUCUGCCAUCCGAGUCCUACAUCCGCGUCAGGGAUUCCCAGGCUCGCGCUAGCAACGUCGUCUUUGCACAUCCUGUGUUGUUAGGCGUGCCGCACGACUCUGAUCCGCACUUCUCGCCUGAGGGAGACAGGUUCGUGUUUCGAAGCGACGCGGAACUUGGUGUUGAGAACAUAUGGGUGCGCAAGUGGGUGGGAUGUGUCCUCGAGAACCUGCGACCCGAUGAGCAUGGCAUCGUCAGCGACGAAUUACGGGAGGCUUUGGCUAUGAAGGUGGAAGAUGAGUCCAUGCUGGUGAGGGGCGUCAAAGAGAACCCAGAGAGGAAGAGGAGGCGUUUGCUUCGAGAGGGUAGACAUGGAGCGCAGCGCAUAACGAAUGAGACUUACCGCUGGGUCUCGGAUGCACGUUUCCAUCCAUCUGGAUCCAAGGUAAUUGCCACGAAAUGGUACACGUCCGAACGCAGCCUUGGAGCCGGCGAAGGUUGGCAAUAUGAUGUGCCGUCUCUUAGCGGAAAUUAUCAGGUCGAAGUUGGAGCUGGUAAGAGGAUUGUUGGCAGGACGCUGCCACCAGGAUGGUCGAGUGAGGAUUAUGGGAACCAGCAGAUCGGACCGGAGCAGCUCAUUUGGAGAGGAGAGGACGCUGUAAUCUAUGCCAAGAACGUGCGAGACUCAAAUGGUGUCUUCACUUACUCAAAAGACGUUCAUAAGGGUAUAUACGCCAUAUUCUCUACGAACCUCACGACAGGCAAAACCGAGACUCUGGUCCCCGCGUUUCCGGGCGGUGCUAGUCGACCCGAGCUCUCACGAGACGGCAAGACGUUGGCUUUCGUACGCCGAAUCCGGGACAAAGAAGCUCUCGUCCUCAAAGACCUCGAAACAGGAACCCUUCACGAUGCAUGGUACGGUCUCACGUACGACCUGAGCACUGUUUCCGCCCCAAUGGGCACCUACCCCUCCUUCGCAUUCACCCCAUCCGAUGACGGCAUUAUUAUCUGGGCAGACGGGAAGAUCCACAUUGUAUACCUCUCCGUCAAUGGCCGAGGCGAAAAGGUUGCUGCAGGGGACCCUGCGAUGAUUGGCUUCACUGCGCACAUCGAGAAGCGGCUCGCGGAGACACGCAGGAGCGUGACGGACCUACUGACGCUCGAGACACAGGAGCGCCAGCGCGUGCAUGCGUUCGAAGGGCUGAAGGUCGACGCGGUUGGAGCUCGGGCGAUAUUCCAGGCUGCGGGCGUGACGUAUGUGCAGCGCGUGGGCGGAAGCCCAUCUGCAGAUGCAGAGAAGGUGCCGGUGCUUCACGCAGAUGCGCCGUACUACUCGCCGACGUUCAUUCAUGGGGCGGAUGACCUCGUGCUCCACGCGCGCUGGUCGAACAUUAACUUCACGACGCUCGAGUUCGCAAACCUCACCUCCGGCACGGCGUACGAGGUGCGCGGGCUGCCCCUCGGCCGUUACUAUUCCCCGGCAGUGUGCGAGUGCGUGGGCAACCGCCGAAAGAUCGCGUUCGUGAAAACCGCAGGCGAUGUGCUAACUGGGAAUGUCGUCGCCACCGCCAACCCUGGCAUCUACGUCGGCGACUUCACGCUCCCCAGUCCUGACUCAUCAGACAACAUCGUCGUCAUCGAGCACCUGCGUUUCGUCCCGUCCGAGAUUGAUCUCGACGACAAGCUCGACAUCAGGUUCGUGCAAAAGAACGCCAAGAUCUUGGUGCAGCAAGGCAGGAGGGCGUUCGUGGUCGACUUAGCCGCGGGACCGGACGCGUUUGGGGAGUAUGUGCACCAGGAUUUAGCUCAGGGGAAGAUGUCGACCCAGAUCGCUGUGUCGACACAGGAAGAGGCUGGCAGUGGGAAGGCGGUGAAGGCGGGGGUUGUGGCGUUCACGGAACGGUACCACGUGUAUGUCGUGUCGAAGUCGUUGCCAGAUGUCCCGGUAUGGACGAAGCCGGGGAACGCGACGAGAGGUGUCGCGAGGCUGAGCUUGGACGGCGGGCACGAUAUUGCGUGGAGUCGGGAUGGAAAGAGGCUGUUUUGGUUCCUUGGACCCUAUUUGCACUCCAUCGAGAUUUCGAAGCUGGAUCAGUGCUCAUCUGAGAUUGCUAAGGAUGGGGACACGUUCGGGAUCGCGUGCAUCGUGAAGCUACUCCAGUACCAGGAAGUACUCGUCGACUACCCCACCGACAUCCAGCGACUCAAGGAAGAAGCCCUCAUCUCCCACCGUCGAACGUCGGCUUCUUCUGCUGCGAACGCUGACGUCCUGAUCAUCGCCAAUGCGACGAUUUUGACCAUAGAGGACGAGACAGUCGCAGAGGUGCCUAUCAGGGGAGGUGCUCUUGUGACACGUGGCGGGCUUAUUGAACAAGUGGUCGAGGGUCAUAAUUUGCGUGUGCCAGAGGGCGCCACAGUCAUUGAUGCCCAGGGCGGAUUUAUUGUCCCUGGCUUUAUCGAUGUUCACGCGCACUGGGCCUCAGCUAGCGGCGAGGGGCCAUACCCAGCUUCCUCAUGGGAACACCAGGCCUUCCUCGCGUAUGGCGUCACCACCGUGCACAACCCUAGCACCGAUACAGUGAUCACGUUCGCGGAAAGGAGUCGCAUUGAAAGCGGACAGAUCAUCGGGCCUCGGGUCUUCCACACCGGCACGAUUAUCUACGGUGCUGGCAAUGCGGAGUAUCAUCAAGAUAUCGUGGACGACGCGGAGGCGUAUUCGGCGCUGCUUCGAAUCAAAGUAGAGGGAGGCCCUGCUAGCUUCUCCUACAAGAAUUAUAACCUACCAUCGCGAGCGGCUCGUCAGAGGCUUUUGCUGAAUGCUAGGAAUUUGAGCAUGCUCUGUGUCCCCGAAGGCGGAAUGAACCUAGACUGGGAUCUGACCUACAUCGUCGAUGGCAUGACGACGGUCGAACACUCAAUACCUGUUCCUAAAUUGUACGAUGACAUUUUGACGCUCUUUGCGAAAAGCGGAACGGGCUCGACGCCCACUCAUAUCGUCAAUUAUGGUGGUGCCUGGGGCGAGCAGCUGGUCUGGGCGACCGAGGAUGUACCUAAUGAUCCGAAGUUGAGAAGAUUCUUACCUCAUGAUCAUCUAGAAGACAUAUCUGAAUCUACGGCGCGGCCUUUCAACUCUUUUGCACUGUUCAACACAUCGGCUUCCACAGCUAAUAUGGUCCACAAGGGACUUCGUGCCCACAUCGGCGCUCAUGGGGAGAACCCCAUCGGGUUGAACUACCAUGCUGAAAUGUGGUUCACAAAGCAGGGGGGACUCUCCAACUACGAGGUGCUCCGUGCUGCGACAUCCGACGCUGCCGACACGCUAGGUUUGCUGCCGUCGCUUGGAUCACUCACUCCGGGAAAACUCGCCGACUUCCUGGUCUAUCCUCCCGGUUUCGAUCUACUGCAAGAUGACAUUCGCGGAUCGCGUUCUAUACGUUACGUUGCAAGAGGAGGCAGACUUUGGGACGCGGAGACGAUGCGCGAAGAGUGGCCCAACAAAGGAAGGAAGCAGGCGUUGCCUCCUUUGAAUGAGGAUUGAUUCUCGUGGUAUGCUUAUCUCCGAGAUUAUGAAUUAUUUUGGCUGCUUCGAGGAUGGGACGUUGCUCUAUCUUUUUGUCUUCCUUUCCGGGAUCCGAACAGAACAACACAAUACCAUCAAAGUCUUAACACUG